AUGUUGAAAUACUUCAUUUUUCUACUGUUAUUAUUAGUCAGCAAAGCUGAGGAGGAGGUUGACUGAACUAAGACUUGUGAUUUCUGAUGAAUUCAAGGAGAAUGUAGAGCAAAGUCAGAGUGUAUAGACGGAGUUACCUACCUGCUUGGAUUCUGAUUGUUAAUAACACUUCUGUUAGGAGCUGCAAUAGUCUUCCUAUGUCAUUUGAAGUAUAAAAACAAAAAUAAAUAAUUUAUCAAAAUAUGCAAUGAAGUUGGGUGUUUACAAAAAGACCGAUGGGAAAAAUAAUAAGACAAGCAAAGCAAGAGGCAAGGUAUUACCUUUGUCUAUAAAUAAAGUUGAGAACCUUCAAAAUCAUCCAAAUUUUAGAAGAAAGAUCAGUAGAGCUAACAAGAAAAAUAAGAGCUAUACAUCUGUUGAGGCUCUUGUCCUUCCUUCUGUCCAUAGACGAUAUCAAAAGAGGUUUCCGAAUAUAAAAUAAUAUCAGCUAUGAGUCCUGUAGACUACUAUUCGGAAAGAGUGAACUCAACUACUCAGUAAACCAUGACAGUUACAAACAAUGUGAAUCUGAAGAGGCCGUUUUUAUCGAGGAUCUUCAUGAUGUUGAUGACAAGCAAAUGAGUAUUGACUCAUCCAAGCAGCUUUUCCAACAGUCAGUGAUCAAUUCUUCGAAAGAUGAUUUCAGAAACACUAAGGAUAAUUCCCGAGCUGGUACUUUUAUGGUUGACAAUUUUACUAAUAAGCCUAUUCCUGGGCUUCAAAAGGGCAAUAUGAUAAAAAUACUAAACUUUAAGGAUAAUAAACCCCUACGGCAUCCCUUACGAAUCUCUCGUAAUCAGUAGG